UAUACCUUUUAAAACCACCGCUAAAACCACUUUUUCCGCGUAAAAUCGCUGUAAAUAGGGCGAAAUUCUUCACAUUUCUGCUCUGUUCCAUGCACUAGACCAACAAACUGCACUCUGGUCGUGGAUCCCGUUGGAAUGGUAAGCCAGGAAAGUGCAUAACUGCACCCAGCCGCAGCACGCCAAGUUUAUCGACGAGACGAGGUGGAAACCACGAAAAAGGGGUUCGAAAUCCCCUUGGAACGCCUCUGGGAACCAAUUAAUCGACUCACAAUCAACUACAGAAGGGCACCGACCGCACCGGCAAUCUGCAAGAUCUGCUGUAAUUAAGACUACGGAUAGCCCACCUACGGAUUGAGCUAGCAACGGGAACGCACAGAUUGCGCCUAAUCGGUACUGCUCACUCUGGAACAUAAGUAUCUUCCGUGCAUUAACACAAGUAGCCCUGUUUAGCAGUCUGUGAGCAAAAUUAACUGAGAUCGGGCCACCGAAGACCCAGGAAGCUGGAUUCGACAGCCCUACAUUGAAAAAGAAGAAUCAAGAAAGCGGCAACCCAGGAAAAUGCAGGAAAUUUCCUUGGAUCCGUCCGCCGUUUGCCGGUUUUGUCUGGAGCACGAUCGGCCGAUGGAGUGCCUGUUCAACUUGCAGUUCCUACCGGAGUUGGUGGCCAAUCUAACGCAGCUGGAGAUUACUUCCGAUGAUCCUUUUUCGAAGAUGAUGUGUGAGCAGUGCGCCACGUUCGCUCAGAGUAUGUUUGAGUUUCGCGAAAAAUGUAUAGACUCACAGCGCAUACUGAAGGAAUGCAUCGAAUCGCGGAUCCUGGUGGACGAGGAGCAAAUGAUUAGCACGCACAAAGUAGGCAUCGAGUAUGUUGUAUGCACUGAAGACGAUGAUCGUGGCAAUGAGCACAUCGUAUCGCUUUCUGAUGAUGAGACGCGACUGGCCGAGUUCACGAUACGGAUGAUCGACGAUGAAGAUGAUGAUGAUGAUGGAAGCGAGUGUGUGAUAUGUAAGGAACACGUUAGCGGUGGAGAACAAAUGAUGGAGCUUCAUCUGAAGACUGAUCACCCGGGAGGUACCGAUGACGAUGGACUACCGAAGCUAUGCAAGUGUCUCUACUGUCCCAAGGCUUACUUUUCGUACGAGUUGCUUGGAUUGCACUUGAACUUUCACCCACGGGAUCAAUGGCAAUGUCCGGAGUGCGAUGAGGUGAUUGAGGACAAGGAUGAAUUCGUAGAUCAUCUACAAUCGCACGAUAACGUGGAAGAAUUCGAAAUGCCUCUUGAAGUAGCGAUCCAACAGAUGCAAUCCGAUAACGGAAACGACUCACAAAUGGAGCACGAUGCCGUCACCGGAAACGUUAUGGAACAUCAGGUGGAAGCGGAAUCGAAAGGGACAGCUAAGAGCGGGAAAAGGAAAAGCAAGAAAACGGCCGUUAUGCCAACUCAGUUUGUCGAGUGCGGUAAGCACAUAAAUCCCGAACUACAGGAGGCCAUAAAACGACACCGGGAAAAGCAUCAUUCCACGACGCGUGAUACAGCUUCAAUCGAUACGGCACCCGGGAAAUCCAAAAAGAAGGUCUAUCUCUGUAACAUCUGCGGCCAUAACUGCAAGUCGGCCAGCAACUUGGCGGUGCACUUGCGGCGCCACAAUGCGCAGUACGUCUGCAAUUGUCCGCACUGUGGCAAAGGAUUUCCACGGCGGGCCGAUCUGAAGAGCCAUAUCCGUCAACACACCGGAGAGAAACCAUUCGUUUGUAAAACGUGUGGACGCGGAUUUGCACGUCAGGAUAAGCUAAACAUCCACCGGCGCACGCACACGGGCGAGAAGCCUUACGCUUGCCCCUGUGGUCGCUCAUUCGCCCAGCGCAAUGACCUGAAAAUACACCAGAAGCGCAACAUCUGUGGACAGAACUUUGACGUCUCGAAGAUGAUCUCACCAAAGGUCUCGAUCUGUGUCGUAUCGCCACCUUCAUCACCCUAGCCCGCGAUCAGCCGUUAUCGAUACCUACGGCGACGAAUGGUUAAAACGAGUGAAAUACAAUCUCCUCCUUGUGAC